AUGGCACAUUUAAUCAACGCAGAGAGAAGAAAGUUCUUGGAUCAACCUCCACCUCCAGGUUAUAUAGCUGGUUUGGGUAGAGGUGCUGUAGGUUUUACAACAAGAAGUGAUAUUGGUGGAGCUAGAAAUAUAGAACCUGGUGCUGGGAGUGUACCAGGAUUUGGAGAUAAAAGAAAAUUUGGAGAUGAUGGUGGAAAUGGAGGAGGAGAUGAUGAUGAUGAUGAUGUUGGUGGAAGAAAUUAUGAUGAGUUUGAAGGAGAUUCACGUGAUGGGUUUUCAGAUCCAAGAGCUAUAUACGAUCAUGAAGACAAGGAAGCAGAUGAUAUAUGGGAGUCUGUCGAUCGAUUGAUGGACAGUAGAAGAAAGGAAAGAAGAGAAAAGAUGGAAAAGGAGGAUUUGGAGAAUCUGCGUACACUCAACCCCAAACUACAACAGCAACUAGUCGAUCUCAAACAACAAUUGUCACAGGUGAGCAAUGACGAAUGGCUCAAUCUACCAGAGGCAGGUGACAUUUCGAGAAACAAUCAGAGAAAGCAGCGCGAAACCUACGUGCCCGUACCAGACAGCGUGAUUGAACGCGCCAAACAGGAAAAUGAAACGGUCAGCAUCAUUCAACCGACCAACCCCAACAUUUACGGUGAUUUGACGAGUGGCACGACGACGACCGAUCUGACACAGGUCGGCAUGGCGAGAAAGACCGUGUUGGAUCUCAAGCUCAACCAGGUCGGUGACAGCAUCUCGGGCAAGACGUGUGUUGACCCCAAGGGCUACUUGACCGAUCUCAAGAGCCAGCGUAUCGCCAGUACCACAGAGAUUAGUGAUAUUAAAAAGGCACGUCUCUUGUUUCGUUCGGUCACGCAGACAAAUCCCAAGCAUGCGCCGGGUUGGAUCGCUUCGGCCAAGUUGGAAAUGUAUGCGGGCAAGUUGUCAGUGGCACGAAAGAUCAUUGCGCAGGGGUGUCUAGAGUGUCCCGACGACGAAGAGGUUUGGAUUGAAAAUGCCAACUUGCAGACACCCGACAAUGCCAAACUACUCCUAGCACAGGCUGUCAAGGUGAUUCCGCACUCAAUCAAGAUAUGGCUGUAUGCUGCGGCACUAGAGAAAGAUGUCAAGAUGAAGAAACGUGUGUUGAGACGUGCACUAGAGUUUGUGCCCAACUCGGUCAAGUUGUGGAAAGAGGCAGUCGAGCUCGAGGAGCCUGAAGAUGCCAAGAUUCUGCUUGGACGUGCCGUUGAGUGUGUUGGCGACAAUGUCGACCUCUGGUUGGCACUCGCUAACCUCGAGUCGUAUGAUCGUGCACGUGAAGUACUCAACAAGGCGCGUACGGCGAUCCCCACGAGCAUAGAGAUUUGGAUUGCGGCCGCUCAACUCGAAGAGGCGGUCAACCACACAGAGAAUGUGGCGCGUGUCAUUAAAAAGGCGAUUCGGUCGCUGUCGUCGGCACAUGCGGGGCAGUCGGGUGGCGCAUCGCGUGUGACAGACCGUGAGCGGUGGAUUGCCGAGGCAGAGAAAUGCGAAAAGAACGGCGCGUUGGCGACGUGUCAGGCGAUCAUAUUCGAGGCGAUUGCAGUCGAGCGCGUGCGUGCCAUCUACACGAGCGCCACAACACACUGCCCGACUGCCAGCCCGGCACCGUGGAUCGAAGCACACCGCUUUGAAGUCCGCACCAACAAUAUCAACCGUGCACGUGCGACCCUUGAAAAGGCCAGUUUGCGUAUGCCAAAGCGUGAGGAGAUCCUCCUCGAGUUUGUCCGCUUUGAAACACGUCUUGGCAACAAAAAGGCCGCUGCCACCAUGCUCGCCAUCGGGCUGCAAGACUGUCCCACCUCGGGUAUGCUGUGGGCCGAGUCAAUCGCCAUGGAACCACGUCACGCCCAAAAGAACCGUUGCGUAGACGCACUCAACAAGUGCAACAACGACCCGUACGUAUUGACCGAGGUAGCCCGUAUCUUUUGGAUGGACGGUAAGCACGACAAGGCACGCACCUGGUUCACCCGUGCCAUUGCCACCUUUCCCGACCACGGUGAUGCCUGGGCAUACUACUACGCGUUCCUCCUCCGUACAGUCCGCACCCAAGCCGCCAUCGAACAAGAAACCAAACAACUCCAAAUCAAAUGUCUCGAAGCCGACCCUCACCACGGUCUCCUAUGGCAAUCCGUCUCUAAACUCCCAGGUCAUUCUAAAUUAAAAUCAGAUCAAAUCUUAAAACUAGUUGCUCUCCAAAUUUCUCAACAACAACAACAACAAAAGAAACAAGUUAAUAAUCAAUAA